AUGAAUGACGAACGAGUAGCCUACUCAGAACUGAGUCUGGCCAAGAACCCAAAGAAGCAGCAAAGGACACCUAAGAGCACAAAAAGCUCCAUUUCGGUCACUGAACAGGAAAUAAUCUAUGUGGAAUUAAACCUUCCAGACGCUUCUCAGGAUCUUCAAGGAAAUGACCAGCGCUCUCCCUGCAAAGAUUCACUGUCACCUCCAGGGAAGCUCACUGCUGAGAUCUUGGGAUACAUUUCUCUUGUCUUAAUGGUCACUGUGUUAAAAUUGAUGGUUCUUAUUUACUUGACCGUGAUACUGGAACAGAAUAAUUCUUCUCUGAAAACAAGAAGCCAGAAAGAAAUUCAUAAUCUUUCUUCAGUGUAUCAUUGUGGUCACUGUGAAAAGGAGUGGUUCACAUAUUCCAGCAGUUGUUAUUUCAUCAGUAUGGAAAGAAAGACUUGGAAUGAGAGUUUGAUUGCCUGUGCUUCUAAGAAUUCUAGUCUUCUUUACAUUGAUGAUGAAGAAGAAAUGAAAGUUCUGAUGUCUCUAUCAUUUGUAUCAUGGGUUGGAGUCUUUCGUAACAGCAGUGAUCGUCCGUGGGCGUCAAUAAAUGGCUCAACUUUCAAACUAAAGUUAACAGAAUCAGGCGAUCAUGAACAUAAUUGUGUUGUGCUACUCUCAGGAUAUCUAAAAUCAGACAGUGUGGAUCUUCACAAAUGCAUUAUUGAAAGCAUAAGCCUUAGAAUUGAACCACCUGAGUCUGGAGUCUGUUAGGUAAUUUUAUAUUGAAUGAAAUGGAAACCAUAUUAUAAUUGGAUGUCUUAAAAUAAUUUGUGUUAUUCUAAUAACAAAAACAUUUCCAAAACCAAUCAUUGAAGUAUAAAACACGCACCACAAAGGACAGAUAUCAUUACAUUUUGUCGGGCUCUUUUUGCUCAGCAUUAUGUUUGUGGCAUCCAUCUUUCUAAAAGUUCACAUUUUGUGUGAGUCUGUUAUACGAAAUAUGAAGAAUGGACAAACCCACAGAGACAGAAUGUGGAUCAGUGUUUACGAAGGGCUGAGGGGAGGUUGGAAUAGGAAGUGACUGCUAAUUUCUACAGUGUUUCUUUUUUGGGUUGAUGAAAACUUGCUACAUUUUGAUUGUGGUGAAAGUUGUAACUCUGCAAAUACACUAAACAUUACUGAUUUUUAUACCUUAAAUGAAUGAAUUUUAUGCUAUGUGCAUUACACUUCAAUUAAAGUGUUAAGAAAAAGUCUCCUGGAAUUAUGUUUGGGACUACAUUUAAUCUUUAAAGUACUUUUUAAAGAUUAGACAUUUCUAAUCAAUAUUAUGAUAUGUCCUUCAAUGAGUUAGGUUUUCUUUAAUUUCUCUCUAUCAUGUUUGUACUUUUUGCUGUUGAUGUCUUGCAGAGUAUUAGCAUAGUGAUGAGAUACCUCAAGUUUAUUUCAGCACUAUGCACAAUAGCCAAGAUAUGGAAUCAAUUUAGAUGUCUAUUGACAGAUGAAUGGAGAAAGAAAAUGUGGUAUAUAUACACAAUGGAAUACUACUGAGCCAUGAAAAAGAAUGAAACCCUGUCAUUUGCAACAACAUUGAUGAGUCUGGAUAUAUUAUGUUAAGUGUAAUAAGUCAUUCUCUGAAAGAUGAAUACUACAUGCUCUCAGUCAUAUGUGGGAGCUAAAAAUAAAAAUAAUAAAAAUAAUAAUUUGAAAUUUUAGGAGUACAGAGUAGAAUUGUGCUUACUAGAGUUUAGGAAAGGCAGGGGCAAUGGUGACAUUUGUACUAGGGAGGGUUUUAUUUCCAAUGUUGAAUAAAAGGUAUAGUAAAGGUUCUACAUGUGUCAUACUUAUGAUUUCCUAAUUUAGGGGAAAAGAUUUUGAUAUUUCAUCCAUAUUUACAAAGGUUUUUAAAAAACCAUACUUCUGAUAUUGAAGGAGUUGUAUAAUAUUCUAUCUUUCUAGUAGAUUUUAUCGAUAUUACAUUUUUAUUAUUUUUCUAUCAUUUGGAAUAAUAUUUCUUCUCUGUAUAAUGUUUAUAAAGUAUGCAAACAUUAUUUCUUUCAAAUGUAAAAUGAAAUUGGUCAUUCUGUUUUACCCUUCCAAGAAAAUCAGUGCGUAUAAUAUACUCAGAGUAAGAUAUGUUCACAAGGAGAUUCAGCUGUGUUUUCAUUUAUAGCUAUGUGAAAUUGACAGGUUGCUAUCAAGGCUACAUUGGGAAGCAUUUCUUUUUUUACAGAUAACCUGAAAGUAUGUGUGAGAGUACUGUUUUAAAGGUUAUUCACUAGUGUACAGGCCAUAGACUCUGUACGAUAUUUUGGUAGGAAGGUUUAUAUCACCAACUUAAUUUCUUUAAUACAUAUAAGAUUUACUUAGAUUUCUGUUUGUUGUACUGCAUUUUGGUAAAUUGUGUUUCUAGGAAUUUUUUUUUUCUUAUGGCAUUAAAAUGUGUUCAUAAUAUGGCUUUAUUUUCUGUUCAGUAUCUGUAAAAACC